GGUUCAGUUCAGACCAUAGUCCAUCAUCCUAGGUUCCUUCCUUGCCUUCUUUCUGUCUCUUCACAUGGCUAAAACUGUCUCCAUGGCGGGCGGUUGCUCACCGGCUCCUAACGUUUGUCUUCUGGGACUCCUGAUAGCCAACCUUUGCAUGGCAGGUGUGCAAUCCGUAGGAGUUUGUUAUGGGAUGCUCGGGAACAACCUACCGCCGGCAUCACAGGUUGUCGACCUCUACAAGGCUCACGGCAUCAAGCAAAUGAGGAUCUACGACCCCAAUCCGGCAGCUCUGCAAGCCCUGAGAGGCUCGAACAUCGAGCUCAUCCUAGGCGUCCCCAACGCGGGCCUCCAAGCCCUGGCUUCUAACCCUGCCGAAGCGAACACGUGGGUACAGAGGAACGUGAAGAACUACUCGCCGGGCGUCAACUUCCGCUACAUCGCCGUCGGCAACGAGGUGAGCCCCGUCAACGGAGGCACCGCGCAGUACGCCAAAUUCGUCCUCCCCGCGAUGAAGAACAUACAGGGCGCGCUCAGAUCGUCCGGCCUGCAGAACCAAAUCAAAGUCUCCACCGCCAUCGACAUGACCCUGAUAGGGAACUCCUACCCUCCAUCCCAGGGUGCGUUCAGAGGGGACGUGAGGUCCUACUUGGACCCAAUCAUCAGUUUCCUGGCGAGCGCCAACUCUCCAUUGCUGGCCAACAUCUACACCUACUUCAGCUACGCCGGCAACCCCAAAGACAUCAGCUUGCCCUACGCCCUCUUCACCUCCCCGUCGGUCGUCGUCCGGGACGGGAACCGCGAGUACCGGAACCUGUUCGACGCGAUGCUGGACGCGCUGUACUCCGCUCUCGAGAGGGCAGGCGGGGCGGCCCUGCAGGUGGUGGUCUCGGAGAGCGGGUGGCCAUCCGCGGGCGGAGUCGGGACGACGGCCGACAACGCGAGGACGUACAAUGGGAACCUGAUCAAGCACGUGAAAGGAGGCACGCCGAAGCGGCCGAACAGGGCGAUCGAGGCCUACAUAUUCGCCCUGUUCGACGAGAACCAGAAGCAGCCGGAGCUAGAGAAGCACUUCGGGGUGUUCUUCCCAAACAAGCAGCCCAAGUACCCACUCAACUUUGGAGAGGGAAGGAGGACUUGGGAUGUUUAUCACAAUGUCACAACUCCAUCUAAGAGCGACAUGUGAAGCUAAGCAGAUGUGGAGCUUUUGCAUCCCCUAGGAAAAAAAUCUGAAAUAAAGAGAAAUCUCUGGUGGUUUGUUGUGCUGUGACUU